AUGAUAAUUUCUUCAAAUAAUCUUUAGGCUUUGAUUAGUAAAUGCUGGGCAAGUACUAAGGAUGGUACAAAAAAACUGAAUGAAGCAUUCCACCAAUGUAUAUAAAUGAAAAAUGAUUUUCCGAUUUAUUUAUUUUUCAGCAUUAAUAAGAGCUCUCAAUUUUGUUCAGUUGCUAAACUCUUGUCUGAUUCUUCUUAUUAGCCUCCAUCUUGUAUAAAAUGGGAUUCUUAAGACAAAUGGGAUGGAUAAUUCAAACUAGAUUGGAUAUUUGUUAAAGACAUUCCUAAUAAGUACUUUAAGCCUUUGAAAAAUAAACUUAAUGAUUACCAAUCAGUUGUUCAUAGUCGAGAUGUGCAAGAAGUAUCAACUGAAGAAGGAUAUGAAAUGCUUCAAUUUUUCCAAAAUUUUAACCAGGAAACCUCUAUACUUGAUGAUUUCGACGAGAUUAUUAAAAUUUAAAAGAAACUCAAGCUUAACAAAUGA